UCUUGAAAUAAACCAGUAGGACUAAACCUGUGAGGCGGGUGUCUUUUAUUCGUAUAUAUUUGUUUAAAUAACAACUAUUUGUUUGACCCAAGAGAUGAGGAAUACAAAGAAAUGGUGGACUAUCAUCUGCACUAUAAGUAGUAUUAUAAUUUUCUAUAAUACAAAAGGAAUUUCAAGAAUGGAAGUGCACCUGGAGGCGCAACUAUUUGGUGAUGGUGAGCUAAGUAUGAACAGGCUGAUGGUCAAUAUGUCUGACAAAAUGAAUAGGAAUGGAACAUCACUCUUCCAGCUCUCUGCAAAAGACUGGAAAAUCAAUACUUCCUUGGUUCAGGAAAUAAGGAAGGAUAUUCUUCGAUUCUUGGAUGCAGAAAGAGAUGUCUCAGUUGUCAAGGGCAACAUUAAACCAGGUACCAAAAUCCACUAUGUAAUAGACAGAGGAUGCACCUUCAACAUUUCCCAUACUUUUCAUAGCCUCCUUCCUGAAGUGUCACCGAUGAAGAACAAGAGAUUCAAAACCUGUGCUGUGGUUGGAAAUUCAGGGAUAUUACUAAACAGUGGCUGUGGAAAAGAAAUUGACAGUCAUGAAUUUGUAAUAAGGUGUAACCUGGCCCCAGUACUGGAGUUCAUUGAAGAUGUGGGGACUAAGUCCAAUUUUGUUACCUUGAAUCCAUCUGUUAUACAGAAAGCAUUUGGAAACUUUAAGAAUGAAACUGACAAAGCGCGAUUUGUACAGAGAAUAGCCACUCUGAAUGAUAGUAUCCUUUGGAUCCCAGCAUUCGUGAGUAGAAGUGGCGAAAAACACGUGGAGCUUGUGAAUGAUAUUAUCCUUAAGAAUAAGUUGAAAGUUCAAACUGCCUAUCCAUCCCACAGGCUGUUUCAUGCUGUAAGGGGUUACUGGCUGACAAACAAAGUUUUAAUCAAACGACCCAGCACAGGACUUCUGAUGUACACAGUUGCUACCAGAUUUUGUGAUGAGAUACAUCUCUAUGGAUUUUGGCCAUUUCAUAAAGAUUCAUAUGGAAAAUUAGUGAAAUAUCAUUAUUAUGAUGAACUGAAAUAUAGAUACCACUCCAAUGUUGGACCUCACAGAAUGCCUUUGGAAUUUAAAACAUUGAAAGCUUUACACCAGAGAGGAGCACUUAAGUUAACAACUGAAAAAUGUAGAACAUCUUAAAUGAGAUCAGGUGUGGUUUCAGUUUAAAAAAGGUGGAUUCUGAAGUACAGGGCUUACUGCGGAGAUUGCUUUCAAGUGUUGAUAACUGGCUCAUUUCUGUGGUGCCAUAAUCAGCAGAAGCUAUAGCCAUGGUGUUGUUUGCUCAACUGAUGCAUUUAGAAGAUGUUAGAGUACUUUGAAAAAAAAAAAAAAACUUGAAUAAGUAUCAUUACUGUUUACAGAUUUUCAAAACACAGUCACAAGUUGCCUGUAUGAAUAUACUCAUGUUCAAACAUGAGGAAAAUUGCAGAGAUUGACAUGAAGACAUGCUUUUUCGUGAUUUGAUGGAUAAUCUUGGUGCAACAUUUUGUAGUCUUUCAGUGCUGCCUAGUUGUUGCCAGAAGUAGCCACGGCUAGAACUGAAUUUUUCAGAAGAACCUAAUACUUCUGCCUUCUUGUUAAAAUGUAUAUGGUCUUGGGCCGCUGUAGCAAAGUGGAGAAAAUGUGGUUACUUGUAAUCUUCCUUAGUCAGUAUUCAUCCUUAUUGAUGCAUUGGUCUAUGAAACUGAAAGGCUGUAAUAAGAAAUUAAACUUGUACCUUUACAGUUCUAAAAUUUCAAGGACUACUGUAUCCUUAGAACUAACACUGGUUAAUAAAAGGAACUUUGUGCUUUAUUCUGCUUAGCUAAGUAUAGCCGUAAAAUAAUGGACUUGUUUAAUUUAGAAUGUGUUGUCAUUAAGAAGAAAGCAUUUUAGAAAGGUGCCCUUACUAUUGGUACCAAAGAAAAAGCUUAUUUUAUAAACAAGCUAUUUCUGCUCAUGAUAAUAUGUGUAAUAUUAACACAGGAAUGGUGCAGUAUCUAUAUCAGUCUUUCAAGCUGUAAUAUGUCUUGAAAUUUAUUUUAGAUUCGGUAAAAAUCAACACAAUUUGAACUCAAUGUUUUUUUAAGUGUUUAUGGUUUACAUAGAAGAUGCAAUCAUUUUAUACCUAUUGGGGAUCAGAUUUGAAAAUUACAGAAAACAAUUGUGCUCCAAACAGUCACUUUUGAUAUUUCAAAGCCCAUUUGAACUUUAUUUAAGCCAUGUGAGUGUACAAAGUCCUGUGUAUGAAGAAUGCCUAUCUGCAGUUUACAACUAAACUGCUAGCAUUUGACAUUUAGGACUCAACAGCAGCAGGGCAGAUAUAUUAAUGAUCUGUAGUCAUUGGAAGCUGGCAUAUUCCUUUACAGGCAUACAGAAGAGCACAAAUAGUGCCACAUUCUUAUACUUUCAUCUCAGAUCAUGGAAUAGAAGCAUUUUAUGUAAGAGUAUUGUAUAGUGUCUUACAGCUGAAUUAAUGAUUGGUUGCAGUAGUACAGUCACAGCUGACCCAAGACAAGAAAACAGUGCCUACCAAUCGAGUCAUAUUUGCUUAGAACUUAAAUGAAAAGAGUAUGGUUCUUGUUGCUCACUAAAAAACUGAAUACACUAGGGAAGCCUCCAUAACUUCAAAUGUUUUGUUUCAUCUGCCUUCCUGUAGGUAUCAAUAUACCAUGAUUAACACAGCAGCAGUGUGACUUCAUAUGGUCACACUUAUUAGACCCUCUUAUAUUGUUUCACUGUGGAACUAAUACUUGGGCAUUCUGUAUAGAUUUGGGAUGCCUUUCCUCCACUAACAGUUCAGACGUUCCAAUUUCUGUGUCACCAGUCUCAAACAUGAUAUUAAUCUGAAGCGCAUAUUAAGGUAGAGAUUCAUUUUAUUAUGUAGUUUUGAACAAAAAAAAACACAAAGUAGAACAAAAUUUAUGGAAA